CUGGGGGCCCCCAGCCAUGCUCCUCCAGCCUGCACACAGUAUAAGACAUUCAUCUGCUGUGAAAGUGAAUGCCCUAUGAACUGUCCUGGCCGGUACUGGAAAGGGAAUGCAGCGGCUGCCUGUGAGGACACCACAGCCUGUCCUGGGAGCUGCCAUCCAUUGCCGGCGGGAUGUCCAGCCAGGACCUGAGCGUCACUGCAAAACUCAUCAAUGGAGGUGUGGCAGGACUCGUGGGAGUGACCUGCGUGUUUCCCAUUGACCUUGCCAAGACCCGACUGCAGAACCAGCAGGGGAAAGAUGUGUAUAAAGGAAUGACAGAUUGCCUGAUGAAGACCGCACGUGCUGAGGGCUUCUUGGGCAUGUACCGAGGGGCUGCAGUAAACCUCACCCUGGUUACUCCAGAGAAGGCAAUCAAGCUGGCAGCCAAUGACUUCUUGCGGCAGCUGCUCAUGCAAGAUGGGACGCAGCAGAACCUGAAGAUGGAGAUGCUGGCCGGGUGUGGGGCUGGAAUAUGCCAGGUGGUGGUUACCUGUCCCAUGGAAAUGCUCAAGAUUCAGCUUCAGGAUGCUGGCCGCUUAGCUGUCGGUCAUCAGGGCUCCGCCUCAGCCACGCCCACCUCCCGGCCCUACAGCACUGGCCCGGCUUCCGCCCACAAGCGCCCAUCAGCGACCCUCAUUGCCCGGGAGCUGCUCCGCACUCAGGGCCUCUCUGGGCUCUACAGGGGCCUGGGUGCCACUCUUCUGAGAGACAUUCCCUUCUCCAUCAUCUAUUUCCCCUUGUUUGCGAACCUGAACCAGCUUGGGGUCAGCGAGCUCACCGGCAAGGCACCCUUCACGCACUCCUUCCUGGCAGGCUGCGCAGCGGGUUCUGUGGCCGCGGUGGCAGUCACCCCUCUGGACGUUCUGAAGACUCGAAUCCAGACCCUCAAGAAAGGCCUGGGCGAGGACACCUACAGUGGAGUCACUGACUGUGCCAGGAAACUCUGGACACAGGAGGGAGCAGCUGCCUUCAUGAAGGGAGCCGGCUGCCGGGCCCUGGUCAUAGCCCCGCUCUUUGGGAUCGCCCAGGGCAUCUACUUCAUUGGCAUCGGAGAACGUAUUUUAAAGUGCUUUGAGUAGUCUCAGGUGGCCUCGCUCGCUGCCACCUCUGGUCCUACACUUGGGACUAGGAGCAUAAGAUGCCCACCCUGUCGUACAUGGUCUUUAACUUGUAGUGCUACCUCAGAAGUGACCCAUUUUACUAAGUGAGUAGAGAGAGCCCUCAUCUCCUUCCAUGAAACCUAGGCUGUGGUACAGCUUACCAGGGGCAUUCAGCAGCCCCAACUCCCUAACAGCCUUGGUGUGUUAGGGCAGGGUCAGGCGCAGUCAGGACGGAAGAGGGCUGCUCUACGCUAACACUCCCACUGAAGGCAGGCGCAGCACAGCUGUGACGUCUGGGGACUUAGUGUUAAUCCUAGCACUGAUGCUGCUGUGACCUCAGGAGUGCACCUGUGCUCCCGAGCAUCACUAGUGGUCAAACGGACCCGAAUGAGCAGUCUGGCCACCUCACAGCUCUCCUGGCCAGAUGCCCACCCUGGUAUGGCCCUCCCAGACCCCUCCUAGUGAGUGCUUGUGGGACAUGAUCAGUAAUAAAGCUGGGUAAAUCCUUGUCCUGUAAUCAGCACAGCAGAUGACUGUGAACCUGAAGAACCAUACUGUGGCUUCUGGGGCCCCACAAUUCACUACCGUCUUCAACUGUUACCCAGGAGUGGAGAAGCUGGGGGGGGGGCUUUUCACACCUGAGUUUGUAUGAGUGUCUGUACGAGUACCCUGGGAGGUCAGCAGAGAGCACUGGAUCCCCAGGUUGCAAGCACUGAAUUCAGGCCCUCUGGAAGCAGCAGGUGCUCACAGACCCAGUCAUCUCUCUAGCUUCUUCUUUUUUUCAUGACAGGGUUUCUCUGUAGUUUUGGAGCCUGUCUUGGAACUCACUUUGUAGACCAGGCUGGCCUUGAACUCACAGAGAUCUGUCUGCUUUUGCCUUUUGAAGGCGUGUGCCACUACUGUCCAGCUAACAAUCCUGUUUUAAGAACCAGGGCUGGAGACAAGAGCUCUGUAAAUGGAGACUCUGCUUUUGUUUCCUGGCCACCCAGACCUGAAUAAUCACACAGAAACUGUAUUAAUCAUAAAACUGGCCAAUGGUUUAGGCAUAGUCCUAGCUAGCUCUUACAUCUUAAAUAAACCCAAUUCUAUUAAUCUGUGUUUCACUACGAGGUUGUGGUUUACCAGUAAGGUUCUGGCAUCCUUCUCCUUCGGCAGCUACAUGGUGUUUUCCUGACACUACCUUCUUUCCUCCUCUAUAUCUGCUUGGAUUUCCCAACUUGCUAUAUACUGCCCUGUCACAGGCCAAAGCAGCUUCUUUAUUAACCAGUGGUAAUAAAACAUAUUUACAACAUACAGAGGGGAAUCCCACAUCAUAGCUCAGUUAGUGGAGUGCUUACAUAGCAUGCUCCCAAGUCAUGGGGUCCAUCCCCAGCACCUCAUAACUUGGACAUGGUGGCAUGCACCUAUAACCGCAGCACUCAGGAGGUAGAGGCAGGAAGAUAGGAAACUGAAGGUUGUCCUCUGUCAAUAAGCAAGUUCUAGGCCAACCUGAACUGCAUAAACUGUAACAAAACCAUCAAAACAUCAAAAUGGAAAAGAACAUGCAUUAGUCCCACCUAACUUAAAACCUGGUGGUGGGGGGGACAGAUGUGCAUGCAAAUACCCAUCUGACCGGCUUCCUUCUCUGUGAGGAACCCCACUGCCGGAUCGCAGACAGUUGUGCCUUCACCUAAGGGCAAAGGAAAGCAUGGGUGCUGGCCGGGAAAGGGCCUGCACUAAUACAAAGCUCCCCCCUCCAAAACGUGGACUUUUUUUACUUUGUCCAGAUAAAGCUGCUUUAACAAAGAUGCAUGGACUAUAGGUUGGGGGGGCGUGGCUGAGUGGUACAGCCCAUGUUUACUGUGUGAGGUUCUGGGACCUGCCCCAGCACGUGUGUACGUGUGCACACACAAAGCUGUCCAGACCCUGGGAUAUACUGAACAGCCUGUGUAUGGUGUCCACUUGGUCACAGGGCUGCAGGAAGGUCUAGUAAAAAUAUCACUUAUCACCGGGGUUCAGAAAUCCUCUCUGGAUUCCGUUUUUCCUUUGGUGGUGGCGGUGGGUAGGGUCUUCUU